AUGAAUCAGUUUCUACUUCAGGGCGGCCCAAAACGACGACGAGUCGAGUCUAAGCUUUACAUCUUCAAUUUGUUUGGUGUGCUCACUAUAUUUGCGGUUAUAUGUAUUUUAACUUUCGUCUAUCGUACAGCGCAAAUGAACAAGGGAAGAUGUAUCAUUGGGAUAGAGAAACAGGCCCUGAUACCUCUCAUAGUACUCGAGAUUGUGGCAAAUGUCUACAUUAUGGCUCUAUUCUUGAACCCACUAUGGAAUGUCUACUCGCUCAAGGGUGCUUCUAACGCACCGGCCAACCCUCCUGGUCUACGCCCGGCAGCAAUACGGACCUUCGUUGGCGCUCUAUUUACUACUACCUCAAGCAUAGUAAACCUUAUAGUUCUUAUGGUGCUCAACGGCGAGCCUGGUUGGAUUUUCUUCGCGUGUUGUAAUGCGGAUAUCCUAUUCUCUACGUUAAUUAUCCAAUGGGUCGCAUCAGGCGACGAUGAUAAUACCAUCGCCUCCUCUUCCCCUUCCAACCCCCCCGGCAGCCAAGCCACAUAUCGUCCGUCCCCGCGCGCACCAUCGCUUCCCAGUCGACGCAGUCAGAAACUCGCCAUCUCGCUACCGUUGAAAACGACUAGUACCUCGCAGUACGAGCAUAUCUUCGGGGAAAUCGAGCCCGGGACCGAGACCGACGUCGUGAGUACGAGCAGCGUGUCUAAGCACAAGGCCGGGUCCUUGCGCUUCGAUGAGGAUAAUGACGGUUUCCACACCCCUAUCAUCUACGACGGCCCAGAAGGCGAUAUCAGCGAUGGAGCUAGAAACGAGAGAGCAACCAGCAGCAUCUGGACGAGCCCACCACCACCAUCAUCUGCACGAGCGGACGCAGGGGCGGACGACCGAGCUUCAGGCAAAUCGCAUACUUCUACCCAACCCCCCACGCACGAAAGCCUCUCUGUCUCGGCAGCGGUGGCCGCGGACCUGGAGCGGAUACGCCGGUAUCGGGGUCGGCGGACGAAUUGGUCCUCCACUACAGCCACGACCUCGACGCCACCGCCGCCGCCGACGUCUACAUCGAUAACGUCAAGGUCGCACAGCCCCGCACCAGUACCACGAACAUCACGAUCACGAACAGCGGCGCGCGGGCGCGGGAGCGUGCGCGAGUACUACAUCAGCCGGCUAGACUUCGAAGAAGAGGGAGGGGGCGCGGGGGCGCGAUGGGACGAGCUCAUCCAAGCUGAAGAAGAGGGGCGCGGGGAGAACGGCGAGAUGGUGGGUUGGAUCUAA